AUGAACCAAACUGGCAUUCUUACUUUCUGCCUUAUCAUCCUGACUCUGAAUGGGAUUCAAGGAAUUCCUCACUUGAGAACCGUGCGCUGCCGCUGCAUCGAUGUCAGCAGGCGACCAGUGCACCCAAAGACCUUAGAAGAAGUUGAAAUUAUCCCUCAGAGUCUCUCCUGUCCACAUGUUGAGAUCAUUGCUACUAUGAAAAAUGGAAAGAAACAAUGCUUGAAUCCAGAAUCCAAGGCCACCAAGAAAUUACUGAAAGCUUUUAGCAAAGAAAGGUCUAAAAGAUCUCCUUAAAACCAGAGAAGCGAAUCACUGCAGCGCGGACACAAACGGACCUCAGAGACUCUCUCUCUCAUAACCGCUCUACCGUACACUAGACCUAAUCGUCCCUGGUUUGCAGUUCUAAAAGAUGACCAUCCAGGCACCAAACUAGCUUCUACUACUGCUAAAGGAAAGAAGAUGGUUCAGUGCCCUGAAUGGGUCCAGUAGAAACUG